UCGGGGGAAACGCAGAAUCGCACAACACCAGCGCCCCUUCAAGGAUCGCGCAACCUGUGGCUUCCUCGCCGCCUUCUGAGAGACAAUCCAUCGACAAUGUCGCCCCUCCACCAUUACCACCGAGACCGUCAGCGACCGCGGUACCAGCGGCCUCUGGGCCGCGACAAGCAGUCCCGACAUAUUAUCCGCAACAAACCAGACACUUUACUGCGAAAGAGUUGGCAAUCCAACCGCACACCCACGAGCUGCGGCUCCUCCCUCCGUACAACAAGAACCACUCGCGAAUAAAGCUGUGGCUGGCAAUGCUGUUGUUCUCGUGGGGCGCGGCCCUGACAACCAUCUCGGCCAUUGUCCUGGCCGAUAUGCUCAAGGUCCCCGUUCGGCCAGCCCAGCUCGACUGGGUCUGCUACUUUGGCCUUCCAUUCGGAGCGAUUGACAUGGUGUGGAAUGCCGCUGAAAUCCUCACGCACUGCGCGCGGGGCGGAGAGAGCAUCUACCCCCGAGGCAUCCACUCCGGUGCACAUGUUGGAGUGCACCUUAUCAUGUGGCUUUUCUCAUGCGUGGGCAUCUGCUUUGGGGCUCUGUCGAUUGAGGUCUUCAACGCAGCCAAUGUUAUAUGUAACAGUCCCUCUAACGGUGCCCCUUAUUAUCCCUUUCUACCCUACCCGUUCCAGUCCUGCACCUACUACCAACGGAACCCGAUAUUCCUGGACCCGACGGUGGAAUAUGUCAAGAGCCUCUUGGCCGGCUACUGCGUCACGAUUCUUGUACAUCUGACACUCUUUGUGUGGGCAUGUGUCGACACCCACCACCGCAAUCGCUUGAGCUUGGGCGGCUUGCUCGCUCCGCCAGGCCCCUCUGGAAUGUUCGGGGAUACGGCAAUGACAAAGCUGGCAGAGUCCGUGCCUGUGCAGCCUAUUCACCAGGACGUAGAGAAGGGUCAAGAUGCAACACAAGAGGUCCCCUUGGUGGAAGCAAAGGUUUUGCAGCACCCGCACAACCCCAUACUGCAUUCUGGGGCUAAAGAUGCGAACCAUGAGACAACUCCGGCCACGGCCAAUGAACCCAUUGCCCUGACUGAGGAACCUCAGCGAAGUUGAGGUUUUCCCUGGUUUAGGUCAGGGACACAACUUCAUUGUCCCGCUUCGCAGUGUUGGGAAGAAAUGCCGGACACCUUGAAAUUUUGGACUAUCUGAUUUUCAUCAAACAAGAUACCCUCUCAUCGUAUAAACCACUGUAAUCAUUAAUCAAAGUCACCUCGUUCUAAAUGGCCGUAAAUGCGAAGAUUCUGCACAACGUGCUAAGAAUAUUAUCAUCAUUCGGGGUGUAGAAAUAUAUGGUCCUGGACCAGAUGAAUAGGCCUCAUACCCUUGUGGGAAUCUGAAUCUCUGCUCCAUACAAGAAAUCGUCUUCACCAGCUUAAAG